UUUCUCUUGUCCCUGCAGGCUCCAGUGAAACUUCUGCCAUCCAGCCGGGAUCAUCUCAGCUGCAGGAGAGCAGCAGAUGGCCACCGCACAUCCAUCUCAGGUAGGGGCUGCAGCAAGGAGCCUCUUUGCUUGCAGGAGCCCGUGAGCUUUGCGGAGGUGGCCGUGUCUUUCAGCAGGGAGGAGUGGGUGCUGCUGGACCCUGCGCAGCGAGCGCUGUACCGGGACGUGAUGCUGGAGACGUACCAGUGUGUGGCCUCGCUGGGAGGGGAAGACCCCUGGAUCCCAGAUGUGCGUAGCCCUGAGGCCGUGCCAGGAGACCUCAGCCCAGGAACUGGGAUUGCAGAUAUGCUGGAGGACCUGCAGGAAAGUGGUGUGGCCGAAAGGCGGUGGGGUGGUGUCUGUGUGGAAGAAAUCAGAAGGGAUGUCCAAGGAGUCCUGGAGCAAGGUCAGGGUGAGCAGCUCAUGGAGCCACUGGGAAAGGGUCUGGGAAAGACAGGGAGGAGCCCAUUGGACUUCAACGUAGGUCAAAAGGAGCCUGAAGAACCAAGGAACAAGAAUGUGAGCCAGCAGAAAAAGCAGAAUCCAUGCACUGAGUGUGAAAAUGGCUUUGAAAAAGAUUCCAGCAUCAUUAACCACCAGCGCAUUCGCUCAUCAAUGAGCCCAAGCAAGUCCUCUGGGUGUGCAAAGGGCUUCAAGAGCUGUUCUGCAUUGAAGCUGCACAAGCGCAGACACACAGGACAGAGGCCAUUUCAGUGUCCUGAGUGUGGGAAGAGCUUCAGAAGCAGUUCUGAAUUGAAGCUGCACCAGCGCUUCCACACAGGGAAGAGACCCUACGAGUGCUCUGAGUGUGGGAAGAGCUUCACAAUCAGUUCUAAUUUGAAGAGGCACCAGCGCAUCCACACAGGGGAGAGACUCUACAAAUGUCUUGAGUGUGAGAAGAGCUUCAGAAGCAGUUCUGAAUUGAAGUCACACCAUCGCAUCCACGCAGGUGACAAACCGUACAAGUGCUCUGAGUGUGGGAAGAGCUUCACAAUCAGUUCUGAUUUAAACAGGCACCAUCUCAUCCACACAGGGGAGAGACCCUACAAGUGCUCUGAGUGUGAGAAGAGCUUCAGAAGCAGUUCUGAAUUGAAGUCGCACCACCUCAUCCACACAGUUGAAAAACCGUACAAGUGCUCUGAGUGUGGGAAGUGCUUCAAGAGGUGUUUUGAAUUGAAGCUGCACGAGCGCAUACACACAGGAGAGAAACCAUUUCAGUGUCCUGAGUGUGGGAAGAGCUUCACAAACCAUUCUGAUUUAAAGAGGCACCAACGCAUCCACACAGGGGAGAAACCUUACAAAUGUCCUGAGUGUGGGAGGAGCUUCAGAAGCAGUUCCCACCUAACCUACCACAAGCGCUUUCACACAGGAGAGAGACCCUAUAAGUGUCCUGAGUGUGGGAAGAGCUUCAAAAGCAGUUCUGAAUUGAAGCACCACAAGGGCAUCCACACAGGAGAGAGACCUUUUCAGUGUCCUGAGUGUGAGAAGAGCUAUAAAAGAAGGUUUAAUCUCAACACCCACAAGCACAUCCACAGCGCGUGCAGGCUGUAG